AUGAUCUCUCGGUCUUUUACGGUAUUGCUACUGUUGGCCUUGUUUGUUCAUACCACAUUUGCCCAAUACAGCCGCGGGACCAGAGUUGAGGUCAACCAUGGCGUUAGAACAGCCUGGUGGUCUGAGAAGGACGGACAAGCGUCGACUUCAGUAUCAACCCUGAAUCCAGCACCCACAGUUUGGUACAACUGCCAUUACGCGAGAGCCAUUUGCAACAAUGUCGAGAAGACCCAACCUGGAGCCAACGCAGGUACCCUUCAGAUGGAAUUGGUCUAUGAUUCCGAUCAUAAAAGAGCGACCGCUCGCAGGGGAGGAAAAAAGGGAGUUCCUGGCAUCUGCCCCGGGAACUGGAAGGAUACACACAUCUGUCCCGAGCCGGAUCAGCCACCAAUCUGGGUCACGGACAUGAGCAGAGACCCAGUAAACCCCCAAAAUAUCGAAAUACCCAACCUUCUGAAAUAUCCAUCGGGCAAACAGCAGGUGCUUGACAAGGAUACUCAAAAGACGGUAGAGAAAACCAAUUAUCAGAUUGCGGACUAUGAAGAUAUGCCAAGUGGACUGAUGUAUACUUGUGACGAGUUUCCCUUCGCGACUACGAUCCAAGGCGGGAUCGGAUUGACUGGAGAUGCCAACGCUGGACUGAACUUUGCAGGCACAACGUACUGCGCACCUCAAAACUCAGCAUGUGGAAAGAACACGGAAUGGUUUAAAAGGUGGGCGUCUGACAACCCUGAAACAGCUUUACUGUAUCAAAAAGCGAAAUUGAAAGGUGCGGCGGCGCUGAGCAAGUUCCGAAAGGAGACUCGUUUUGCUUUUCCAAAAAGCGAUCAAGACUUCCAAGCAAAAGCAUUGAGCGAGAUAUCGAGCAUAUUCUCAAAGCAGAAGAAAGGACUCUAUUCAUAUCAACUCAGAACGAAGAAUGCCGAGUCUGAUGAUAGAGUGACGUGGGUUGAAUACACGGCCCCAACUCCCAACCAAAAACGAGAAUCUUCACGUGAGAAUGCUCAAUAUGUCUAUGAGGUAUUUUUGAACGGCACCAACUCUCGCCGACGUCUUUCUGCUGCCCCAAAUCAAUCUCGAAACCAUUACAGCAGGAGGGAUGGCUUCAACACUACUCAGACUGUACAAAACGUCACCAGCGUCCAAGCAUCCGGCAGCUCGACCUCACUCUGGACAAAUCCUGUCGGAAGCAAUACCACAAUGCAACUCUUCGGGAUGUCGUCAGGCUUCAUCACUUCGAUUCUUACCUCUUCGCCUGUUAAUCUUUCAUUCAGCUCGAGCACGUCCGCUAAAGAGCUCAACACGACGACAAGCCUGUCAACGACAAACUCAACUGCCGAUAACACGAAGCCUGUCCCAAUAACUACUGUAGCCAGCAGAAGUUCCUCGUCUCUGCUCUCGACCGAAAGUGAUCAGAACAAUACUUCGACUGAUCUCACGUCAACUUUGACCACUGAACCCAUGAUCAUAUCGGUCUUGACGAGUGAUGAAGGUACCACGACGACUUCCAGUGACGUUGAAACAGAGUCUGGUUCCUCACAGGCAUCAUCUACUACGUCCACUUCGUCUACUGUUAAUGGCUCAUACAUUACAUUGAGUGACGUCUGGGAAGUCAGCUCACCAGUCAUCACAUGUACCUCGAUCCCUUGCUUGGUAGUUCUGCCUCCAUACACACUGCCGACGCCUACAACUAUCAUCAGGGACCCCGUGACAGAAGAUGACAAGACGGUCACGUUCCCACCUUUCACCACCGAUAGAGUUGAAUGGUCACGAAUCACUAUUGAUGACUUAUCCGAGACUGUUGAUCCCACCAUGAGCAUCGAAGAUCCCUUUGAUACUGGCAAGAUCAAUCCUCCGAUCACGAUAGACCUACCGAGUCUGCCUCAUAUCCAUGUCGUGGGUGCCAAGCCGACUGCUACACCCAGUGCAACGCCAAAAUUGUCUUCGACGCCAACUUCGACAAAGCCUCCGGACAAGACUGAAGAGGCUACAAGCACCAUUGAUGCAACAACAGAAUCCAUUCAAACCUCAGCUAUACCCACCGAAACGGCGUCUAUAACUCCUGUGCCACCACCAGCCGAUGAAGACCAGGGAGAUGAAGACGGGAGAGAUGAAGAUGAAGAGGAAGAAGACGAGGAAGAAGAAGAGGAAGAGGGAGAAGAUUGUGUAGUUCCAGGCUGGGACGUUUCGGAUUUCCCCAUUGGUGGUGAUACUUCUGACAAUGAUCUGGGACAGGAUUCGGCAGCCACAAGUCUAGAGUCGUCGGUCGCAUCGACAACGUCAACUGAUGCGGCUGCAACGACGACAAAGAUGUCUUCGACCAUGUCAACUGAAGCAUCCAUGACCACGUCAAUAGGCACUGCAACUUGCAAUUCAGCGCCUGUCGCCACGGAAACCGAUGGGACUUACGAAGUCUCCAUUGAGUUCGCUGUGGAAGCUGUGAACGACUUUUGUAAGAGCAUGCAAUCCCAGGGCAAGGUAUUUAGCCCUGGGCAGAACACCUCAUCGGGUGACCUCUACUUCCCUAACGGACAGUCUGGGGCGAUUCGUAGUGGCAAUCCGAUCCAGCUCUCUGCGCAAUGGAACGAUGACGACGAUAAUGGCUGUCCAACACUGGAUUUUUCGAAAUCUGACGCCAUGGAUACUUGCAGGACAAUUCUUGGAUCUGUAUAUUCCUCAUGCUCUAAUACUUUUAUCAACGUCCCAGUAACAUGGGGCGGUACACUCUAUCAAGAUUGUAUUCAGUGGGAGCUACAACCAGUAGAAGAUCACACAAGCUUGGAUGGCUAG